GGUGGAGUGGAGCAGUCCAGUUGCUGUUUAGUCGCCAACAUGGAAUCCCGGCAGAGCAACUCGUCCACGAACACAGCCCCGUCACUCCCGCCCUCACCGACACCGCCGUCAUCGUCAUCACCAUCUCCGUCGCCGCCAAGGAACCGUAAGCUGGCUUGCUCGCUGUCGUCAUCCUUGCCGCCAUCGCCUCCAAGCCCGGAGACGCUUGCUGACGAGCUUUAUACUUUACCCCUUGUCAGCUCAAUUUAUGAGAUGGUUAGUGCUGUCCACGCAAAGUUGAGUAGGGUGGUGCCCUUCUUUGCUAUCGUCAGUGCGUGGCUCACCAGUGUUGCAGCAGCGGUGGUGCGCUGCUUCUCGCAGUGGCGUUUGGUCAGGAUCUUAGCUGUGACCGUGGAGAAGGCGAUGAUGUGGGCGCUGGGUACAGCAAGAGGCAAAUAUCAACUGCGGCCCGAGGAGCUCGCCCAGAGGUUUGUGCGUAGAGUGAGAAAAGAGGUAGUGCGGGCAACAACUUCGGUGGCCUCGCAUCCUAUGGGCCGUCUCCCAUGGCGUGUGACACUGACUGCUACCGGCAGAACUUGCCACUUCCUCGAGACACUCAAGUUUGAUGAACGCCAGCCAUGCUUGGGAGAAGUGUUCAUCAUUGGGCGACUGCAGCAAGUCUACAACCGUACUAUAACAGGCCUUACAGUGCGGCUCAGAACCUGUCACUGCGCCCUGCAAGGCCUCCAGGGCCCACGAGAGGAUGGAACAAAGGAUCCAGACAAUUGCAACAAGAAAAGGAAGCAUCAUGACGACAAUGAAGACAGCCUGGCGUCUGGCAGCUGUUCAGAUGAGGAUUCUGUCACUAACUCAAAGUCUGUCCCGGGAGAAGAUGACGUAAAUAGACACACUGAAGAUGGCGCAGAGGAAACAAGGAAACCUCCCGUGGCCAUAAAGGUGACAAGUUACGACUGAGACUCCACUGGAAGUGAGCUCCCUCAGCAGGUGGAGGCACGCAAGUAAAGGCACUCAGCGAUAGAGGGACUUAAUUGGUUUGCAGCGGUGCAUUUAUUCAUAGCGGUGCAUUUAUUACAGCGUUUACUGGGAUGACCUUUUCGUUUUAUUCUUGUUGUCUAUGUAAUUUAGCGAUUCUGGUAAGAAGGCCUUACAAUAAAUGGAGACUCAAUAAUUUAGCCAUGAUAGUCUAUGUAAUUUAGCGAUUCUGGUAAGGAGGUCUUACAAUAAAUGAAGACUCAAUAAUUGGCCAUGAUAGUCUAUGUAAUUUAGCGAUUCUGGUAAGGAGGCCUUACAAUAAAUGAAGACUCAAUAAUUUAGCCAUGAUACAGCUUGUGCUAUCGGGAAGUAAAUUCUUUAGGCAUCUUGUCUAUCUUGAAAACAAAAAGUAGCAGCGUAGUAAUCGUCAAACAUCUGUUCUUGAAAUUUAGGGAUUUUGUUUUGGAAUUGUAGUUUAUGUGAAGGCUGUCAUAAGAGUCAGGCCUUGUUUGCUCAUGAACAGUACAUACAUUGUGUUGUGCUAACGGGAUUGCUCUGUGUUGCAUUGAUGAAGAGGCUUAAAGACAGGCAUCCUGUGUUUCAAUUUGGACUUAAACAGAUUUUUUGCUUCAUUGCAACAAAAGAUAUACUCAGUCUUCUCCACACAUACGAGUAUGUUCCCUGUCAUUGAAUUCCAACCAUCCUAGCUUUUCUUUUUUUUUUAUCUAUUGGUGUAAUUUUGUCUGUCCUGUUGUUAUCGUUUCGACGUUACCGUGUUACCGUGUUCAUGUGUUCGAAUAGGGAACUUGUCCUGUUUUUUUUUUUUUUUUUUUUUUUUUUUUUUUUUUUUUUUGUGUGUGUGUGUUCUAUUACCCAUGACUUUCUUUGUACUUUGAAACCAAGCAUUAAGUGAAGAAAUGAGAGAGCCUCUACAUUUAUCAGAAAAAAAAUAAAUACAAAUUGUCCUAUAAAUUUAAUGCUUGCAAAUGCUUAAUUAACUAGUGCAUCUUUCCCCGAUGGCAACUGUAAGGAAGAUGUUUCUGAUUAUUCCUUGGGUUAUGAGGGCUGGUUUCGCCGCAGUAUCAGCAAAGAAAGGUAUUUUUUACCUUUGUGUGUACCAUGUAUCCUGGUCGUAGAUAAGAGGAGUGUGAUCAAAGUCCGAAAUGUUGUAUAGAUUUAAAGUUUUUUUUUUUUUGUUAUUCUCUCUGGUUCAAUGUUAAUUAAAAAAAAUACAUACUCUUUUUUUUUUAUUCUCUCUGGUUCAAUGUUAAUUAAAAAAAAAAUACAUA